GUUUCUUUUCUCACAAUCAACCGUUGUUUUGCUUUUUCACGUAAAACCUUCGUCUGCAAACGAAAGCGAGAGAGAAAGAGAGAUCGAAAGCUUGUCGCAUUUUAUUCUCUUUGGCUUUUGCUUUCUACAUUUUUCCCUAAUGGUUAUGGAGGAUAACGAGAGCUGUGGAAGUAGAGCGUACGGCUCCUUGUCGCCGGCGCAGUCUCGGCAACAGAGGCAGAAGUUUGAGGUCUACAAUGAGGUUCUUCGCCGUCUGAAGGAUUCCGUCAACGAGGAGACGCUUCAGCCUGGUUUCGAUGACGAACUAUGGCUUCACUUUAAUCGCCUUCCUACUCGAUAUGCUCUCGAUGUAAAUGUGGAGAGGGCAGAAGACGUUCUCAUGCAUAAAAGAUUAUUGCAAUGUGCUCACGAUCCUGCAAAUCGACCUGCAAUUGAAGUUCGCCUAGUGCAGGUCCAAGCCAUUUCUGAUGGGAAUUCAGCUGAUUUUGCUGCUUCCGGUCCUGUAAAAGACACAGAUCAUAAUUCUUCAAAUUUACCGAGCAGGCAGAGCAUACAUCCACCACCUGCCUUUGGGUCAUCUCCCAACCUUGAAGCCCUCGCCCUUGAAGCUAAUAAUGCUCAGGAUCAGGAGGUUGAUCAUUCCGUACAUGCCAAAACACAAUCUUUCCGGCCGAUGCAUGAAAUAACUUUCUCUACGGAUGACAAGCCAAAACUUCUCAGUCAGUUGACUUCCUUGCUUGCGGAGAUUGGUCUGAAUAUCCAGGAGGCACAUGCAUUUUCCACUGUUGAUGGUUACUCCUUGGACGUUUUUGUAGUUGAUGGUUGGCCCUAUGAGGAAACAGAGCGAUUGAAGACUGCGAUAGAGAAGGAAAUCAUACAGGUUGAGAGGAAGGCUUGGCCAAAUCAUAAAUCCUUUUCAAUAAGGGAACGGGAUAUAUCAAUUAAACCUGAUCCUGAUCGUGUGGAAAUUCCCACGGAUGGGACUGAUGUAUGGGAAAUUAAUCCUAGACAUCUGAAGUUCGAGCAUAAAGUUGCAUCUGGGUCAUAUGGAGAUCUGUAUAAAGGUACAUACUGCAGUCAGGAAGUCGCUAUUAAAGUCCUUAAACCUGAACGCGUAGAUUCAGAUAUGCAAAGUGAGUUUGCCCAGGAGGUGUACAUUAUGAGAAAAGUCAGGCAUAAGAAUGUCGUACAGUUUAUAGGUGCAUGUACUAAACCUCCAAGCUUGUGCAUAGUAACAGAAUUUAUGUCUGGUGGUAGUGUCUAUGACUAUCUACAUAAACAAAAGGGCACUUUUAGGCUUCCAUCCUUGCUCAAGGUAGCCAUUGAUGUUUCUAAGGGAAUGAACUACUUGCACCAAAAUAACAUCAUUCACAGAGAUCUCAAGGCCGCUAAUCUUUUGAUGGAUGAAAAUGAAGUUGUCAAGGUUGCUGAUUUCGGCGUCGCCAGAGUGAAAGCUCAAUCAGGAGUCAUGACUGCAGAAACUGGGACAUAUCGGUGGAUGGCUCCUGAGGUUAUUGAACACAAACCCUAUGAUCACAAGGCUGAUGUUUUCAGUUUUGCAAUUGUCUUGUGGGAGCUGCUUACUGGAAAGCUACCCUAUGAAUUCCUUACUCCAUUACAAGCUGCAGUCGGAGUGGUACAAAAGGGUUUACGGCCUAUUAUUCCAAAGCACACUAAUCCGAAGCUGGCUGAGUUGCUGGAAAAAUGCUGGCAACAAGACCCCUCAUGCAGGCCUGACUUCUCUGAAAUUAUCGACAUAUUGUUGCAGAUAACUAAGGAAGUUGCAGAAGAUGGCGACGAACGACGGAAGGAGAAGAGUGGAGGAUUACUUUCUGUGUUGAGACGAAACCACAAUGAGAAGUGAAAAGAAGAGAAAGAGCGUUGCCAAUUUUACAGUCGCCGUCGUCAUCAUCACUAUGUAUAGUAAAUUUGCCCUCACUCCUUUUACUUUCCUUCAUUUUUUUUCUUCUAUCAAUUUUUCUAACCGAUUAAUUAUUUUCCCC